AUGAUAGAAAACAAAGGGCCCAGAGUGGUGGACUACUUUGUUGUGGCAGGUCUCACUGAUACAUCUACUCUUCUGGAUCAAGAAAUAAAUCGUUUAGAUACUAAGUCAACUGGACCUAAAGCUCCAAUUACAGACAUUGCAGUUAUUAACAAAUCAUCUGGGGAAACAGUACCUGAAGGUUACACCUGUGUUGAAGUCACUCCAUCCGGUCUCCAGGCAAACUUGAACUAUGGAAGUCUGAAAAGCCCAGAACUGUUUCUCUGUUACAAGAGAGGAAGAGAGAAGCCACCUCUUACUGACAUUGGAGUUUUAUAUGAUGGGAAAGAAAGGCUUAUUCCAGGAUGUGAAGUGAUCCAAGCCACACCCUAUGGUCGCUGUGCCAAUGUCAACAAUAGUUCCACUACUUCACAAAGAAUCUUUAUCACUUAUCGAAGGGCUCCUUUAAUUCGGCCCCAGAAUUCUUUGGCUGUAACUGACAUCUGUGUUAUUGUAACCAGUAAGGGAGAAACCCCUCCCCAUACUUUCUGCAAAGUUGAUAAAAACUUAAAUUGUGGAAUGUGGGGUUCCAGUGUGUUUCUGUGUUAUAAGAAGUCUGUGCCUGCUUCUAAUGCUAUAGCAUAUAAAGCUGGGUUAAUUUUUAGAUAUCCAGAAGAGGACUAUGAGUCAUUUCCACUCUCAGAAUGUGUCCCUCUCUUCUGCCUUCCGAUGGGAGCUACUAUUGAGUGUUGGGAUCCACAAAGCAAAUACCCAUUACCAGUUUUCUCAACUUUUGUUCUCACAGCUUCUUCUGCUGAAAAGGUAUAUGGAGCUGCAAUCCAGUUUUAUGAGCCUUAUUCUCGAGAACUUCUAACAGAAAAACAGCUUAUGCAGCUGGGCCUGUUGACACCUGUGGAGAGGAAAAUGGUCUCUAAAUCCAUCAAUUCGAACAAAUGCAUUUGUUUACUCUCGCACUGGCCUUUUUUUGAAGCUUUUAGAAAAUUUCUUAUGUUUAUCUACAAACUUUCUGUGUCUGGACCACAUCCUCUUCCCAUUGAGAAGCACAUUUCACAUUUUAUGCAAAACAUCCCUUUUCCUUCACCCCAGAGACCAAGAAUCCUGGUACAGCUGUCAGUCCACGAUGCAUUAAUAUUAUCACAACCAGUUUCUACACCUUUACCACUAAGUGGAGCGAACUUCAGCACCUUGUUAAUGAACCUGGGUCCUGAGAAUUGUGCAACGCUGCUGCUCUUUGUUUUACUCGAGAGUAAGAUCUUGCUGCAUUCUCUGAGGCCAGCUGUGUUGACUGGGGUAGCUGAAGCUGUUGUUGCUAUGAUCUUUCCAUUUCAGUGGCAAUGCCCAUAUAUUCCCCUUUGUCCUCUGUCACUGGCGGCAGUGCUCAGUGCACCUUUACCGUUUAUAGUUGGAGUUGACUCAAGGUACUUUGAUCUUCAUGACCCACCACAAGAUGUUGUUUGCAUUGACUUGGAUACAAACAUGUUAUAUCUAUCAGAUGAAAAGAAGAGCAUGAACUGGAAGCAGCUUCCCAAAAAGCCGUGCAAAAGUCUGAUUAGCACCUUGAAGAAAUUGUAUCCCCAGCUAUUCUCAGUUCACCGAAAAACUCAAGAAGGUUCAGCAAUUGAGAUGACUCCAAUUGAAGCAGAUUUCUCUUGGCAAAAGAAGAUGACACAACUUGAGAUGGAAAUUCAAGAGGCAUUUUUGCGCUUUAUGGCAUCGAUUUUAAAGGGUUACAGAACAUAUCUCAGACCAAUCACAGAGGCUCCUUCAAAUAAAGCUACAGCUGCUGAUUCAUUGUUUGACCGACAGGGAUUUUUAAAAAGUCGAGAUCGUGCCUAUACAAAAUUCUACACCCUUUUAUCCAAAACACAGAUUUUUAUUCGUUUCAUUGAAGAAUGUAGUUUUGUAAGUGAUAAAGAUACUGGAUUGGCUUUUUUUGAUGACUGCAUAGAAAAGUUGUUUCCUGAUAAAGGCACAGAGAAAACAGAUAAGGUUGACUUUGAUUCGGCAGAAGAUACCAAGUUGAUAGAGCUGGAUGAUUCACAGAAAAGUGAGCACACUGUGUUCAUAAUGCCGCCUGAGCCACCUCCUGAUGACGGAAAGGAUCUGUCCCCAAAGUACAGUUACAAAUACUUUCCAAGACUGGACCUUAAGCUUUUUGACAGACCACAGGAGUUGAAACUUUGUUUUAGUAGACACCCUACUGGGAGUAGCAUUACAAACAGUCCAGCUCUCAUGGCUAAGAGAACUAAACAGGAGAUAAAAACAGCUCAUAAGUUGGCAAAGAGAUGUUAUACAAAUCCACCACAAUGGGCCAAGUGUCUCUUCAGUCAUUGUUACAGUUUAUGGUUUAUUUGUCUCCCUGCCUAUGUUAGAGUUUCUCAUCCUAAGGUCAGAGCACUUCAACAGGCAUAUGACGUGCUUAUUAAGAUGAGGAAAACAGAUGUGGAUCCUCUAGAUGAGGUGUGCUAUCGAGUAGUGAUGCAACUUUGUGGACUUUGGGGUCAUCCUGUUUUAGCAGUGAGAGUUUUAUUUGAAAUGAAAACUGCUAAAAUAAAGCCAAAUGCUAUUACUUAUGGCUAUUAUAAUAAGGUAGUUUUGGAGAGCCCGUGGCCUAGCAGUACCCGCAGUGGUAUCUUCUUGUGGACGAAGGUACGGAAUGUGGUACGUGGCUUGGCACAGUUUAGGCAGCCGCUUAAAAAUACCGUGCAAAAGUCACAGGUCUCCUCAAUAUCAGCUCCCCAGAAUGCCACAGGUGGAAGUGAUGGGGACACGGUGAGCCACGGUAGCGUGGAUAGUUCUAAUGAUGCUAACAGUGGGGAGCACACAGUCUUCGUCAGAGAUUUAAUCAGGCUUGAUUCCACUGACAAUCACUCUAGCACAGGUGGUCAGUCUGACCAAGGCUAUGGGUCUAAGGAUGAACUUUUAAAGGAUGAUGCAGAAAUUCAUGUGCCUGAAGAACAGAUGUCAGGAGACUUAAUAACUAAAACAGAAGAGGUAUGCAGUGUCUCUGCUGUUGUGGCCAAACAUUCUCAACCUACUGCAGAGCCCCAGAGUCCCGCUGAACCUCCUGCAUGGGGUGGCAGUAUUGUGAAAGUUCCAUCUGGUAUAUUUGAUGUCAACGGCAGAAAAAGUAGCACUGGCAGUACAUCAAAUGUAUUAUUUUCUAGUCAAGAUCCAGUUGAAGAUGCUGUCUUUGGUGAAGUUAUUAAUCUCAAGAAGAAUGGUGACAGAGGAGAAAAAAGACAAAAGCAUUUUCCAGAGAGAAGCUGUAGUUUUAGUUCUGAAAGUCGAGCAGGAAUGUUACUUAAGAAGAGCAGUUUGGAUUUGAAUUCAAGUGAAGUGGCUAUCAUGAUGGGAGCAGAUGCCAAGAUUCUCACAGCACUGACGACAAGUCCUAAGACUUCUCCACUUCAUAAUUCAAGAACCCAUAGUUUUGAGAGUAUUAGCUGUCAUCUAGCUGACACUAGGACUCGUGUGUCUGAAAGCACUUGGGAUUCAGAGCACCGAUCAUUGGUGUUAGAGAUGCUUGAGGAAAGCCAAGAGUUGAUCGAACCUGUGGUUGAUGAAAAUGUAGCUAAAGCUACUAUGACAAAGGAUACAUGUGACAGUCUACAAAAUGACAGUAAUCAGUCCAGAGACUCGAAAGCAGGAUCCAGAGAUCUAGCAAAUAAAAGAAAUAGCUUAUAUGGUGUUGCUAAAGCUGUCGAGAGGGAAGAUGUUGAAACUGGACUAGAUCCUUUGUCACUUUUAGCCACUGAAUGUAUAGGAGAAAAAACUGAUUCAGAAGAGAAGCUGUUUUCUCCAGUUAUUGCGCGUAAUCUGGCGGAUGAAAUUGAAAGCUAUAUGAAUCUGAAGAGUCCCUUAGGUAGCAAGUCUUCUAGUAUGGAACUACAUGGAGAGGGAAACAGAGAGUCUGGUGCUACCAGUGCAUUUAUUCACUCUUUAGAGAGGAGAUCAAGCCUACCUUUAGAUCAUGGUCCGCCAGCACAGGAGAGUCCUGAAAGUGAAAAGGGCUCCCCUUCAGUGUCCAGGUCUAAAACAUUUACGGGGCGUCUCAAGCAACAGACUCCCUCCCGAAGUCCUAAGGAACGUUCAACUUCUUUAUCAGCACUGGUCCGUUCUUCACCACACGGCUCAUUGGGUUCUGUGGUCAAUUCUUGGUCAGGGCUAAAGCUGGACAGUAUCCUCUCAGGACCCAAGAUGGAUGUGCUAAAAUCCGGUAUGAAGCAAGCAGCAACAGUAGCCAGUAAGAUGUGGGGGGCUGUAGCGUCUGCCUACAGCUACUCGGAUGAUGAGGAGGAAACAAAUAGAGAUUACAGUUUCCCAGCUGGCCUUGAAGACCAUAUUUUGGGAGAGAAUCUAUCACCUAAUACGAGUAUCUCAGGGUUGGUCCCCAGUGAACUUACCCAGAGCAACACAAGCCUCGGCAGUAGUAGCAGCAGUGGAGAUGUAGGAAAACUGCAUUACUCACCAGGUGAACUUCCAUUUCCAAGAGGCAUAAAAGGGCAGGAAUUUGAAAAGUCAGAUCAUGGUUCUUCUCAAAACACCAGCAUGUCCAGCAUCUAUCAGAAUUGUGCAAUGGAGGUUUUGAUGUCAAGUUGUUCACAGUGCAGAGUUUGUGGAGCUUUAGUUUAUGAUGAAGAAAUUAUGGCUGGAUGGACGGCAGAUGAUUCAAAUUUGAAUACAGCCUGUCCCUUCUGUAAAAGCAACUUCUUGCCUCUUCUCAAUAUAGAAUUUAAAGACUUAAGAGGCUCUGCAAGCUUUUUCUUGAAACCAAGUACCUCUGGUGACAGUUUACAAAGUGGCAGCAUUCCACUGGCAAGUGAACCUUUGGAGCACAAACCCAUAUCCAGUUCAGCAGAACCUGACCUGAUCAACUUUAUGGAUUUGCCAAAACAUAACCAGACCAUUACUGAAGAAACAAGCUCUGCAGUUGAAUCAAGUGAUGAAAUAAUGAAAGCCAGCGGAGAUGUCCAAACUGUGAAAAUUUCACCUAUGCCUAAUAGUUUAUCAAAACGAAAUGUGUCUUUGACUAGAAGUCACAGUGUUGGAGGUCCCUUGCAAAAUAUGGACUUUUCCCAGCGACCAUUUCAUGGCAUUUCAACAGUUAGUCUUCCAAACAGUCUGCAGGAGGUUGUGGAUCCUUUAGGAAAAAGACCCAACCCUUCCCCUGUCUCUGUGCCUUACUUGAGUCCUCUAGUGCUUCGCAAAGAACUUGAAUCUUUGCUAGAAAAUGAAGGCGAUCAGGUGAUUCACACAUCCUCAUUCAUCAAUCAACAUCCAAUCAUUUUCUGGAACCUCGUUUGGUAUUUCAGGCGUUUGGAUCUUCCCAGUAACUUGCCGGGACUUAUCCUCACUUCUGAACACUGCAAUGGAGGCGUGCAGCUUCCCCUGUCAUCUCUGUCCCAGGAUAGCAAACUCGUUUAUAUUCAGCUGUUAUGGGAUAAUAUCAACCUUCAUCAGGAGCCAGGAGAACCUCUGUAUGUUGCAUGGAGAAAUUUUAAUUCUGAAAAGAAAUCGAAUCUCCUGUCAGAGGAACAACAAGCAACAAGCACUUUAGUAGAAACCAUCAGGCAGAGUAUUCAACAUAAUGAUGUUCUUAAACCCAUCAACCUACUUUCACAGCAAAUAAAGGGAGAUGUGAAAAGACAAAGGAGUUUAUACAGAGAAAUCCUCUUCUUAUCAUUAGUAUCUCUUGGAAGAGAGAAUAUUGAUAUUGAGGCUUUUGACAAUGAGUAUGGACUUGCAUACAACAAUCUGUCUCCAGAGAUUCUUGAAAAGUUGCAGAAAAUUGAUGCUCCACCAAGUAUCAGUGUGGAAUGGUGCAGGAAGUGUUUUGGAGCACCUCUCAUUUAA